CAGAGACGGGAUUGACCCAAGCCCCGGCCUCGAUUGCCAUCCAUGAAACUGCUCAUGUUCAUCGGUUUCCACAAUUCCCGGCACUUUGAUACCCCAUCGUGUCGUCUUUUUGGCGGGCAUUAAUAUCCAUUUUGGCGAUUGAGUGAAACUAUUCAGAAUUCACUGAAUAAUUGCGGCGGAAGUUGAUCACUGAGCAGGAGACAUGGGGGAUAAGGAUGGUGCGGAAACUUUUGAUGACGCCGUUGAAGAGCGCGUGAUAAACGAAGAGUAUAAAAUAUGGAAGAAAAAUACCCCAUUCUUGUACGAUCUCGUGAUGACCCACGCACUGGAGUGGCCAUCGCUAACAGCUCAAUGGUUGCCCGACGUAACAAGACCCGAGGGCAAAGACUACUCUGUCCACCGUCUGAUUCUGGGUACUCACACCUCUGACGAGCAAAAUCAUCUCCUAAUUGCGAGUGUUCAGCUUCCGAAUGAGGAUGCUCAGUUCGAUGCUUCUCAUUACGACAAUGAGAAAGGAGAGUUUGGAGGUUUUGGAUCUGUGAGUGGAAAAAUUGAGAUUGAGAUCAAGAUCAAUCACGAAGGGGAGGUCAACAGGGCUCGUUACAUGCCCCAGAACCCUUGUGUCAUUGCUACUAAGACUCCUUCGAGUGAUGUCCUUGUUUUCGACUACACGAAACAUCCCAGCAAACCUGAUCCUAAUGGAGAGUGUCAUCCUGAUCUUAGAUUACGUGGACAUCAGAAGGAAGGUUACGGUCUCUCCUGGAACCCCAACUUGAAUGGUUAUCUCCUGAGUGCAUCUGACGAUCACACCAUUUGCCUCUGGGAUAUCAACGCAACUCCAAAGGAAAAUCGUGUCAUUGAUGCUAAAACGAUCUUUACUGGGCAUACUGCUGUCGUUGAGGAUGUCGCCUGGCAUUUGCUCCACGAGUCACUGUUUGGAUCCGUCGCUGAUGAUCAGAAGCUCAUGAUAUGGGAUACUCGAUGUAACAAUACAAGCAAACCCAGUCACACUGUGGACGCUCACACAGCCGAAGUCAACUGUCUCAGCUUCAACCCCUACUCCGAGUUCAUUCUUGCAACUGGAAGUGCAGAUAAGACUGUGGCACUCUGGGACUUGAGGAAUUUGAAACUGAAACUUCACUCGUUUGAAUCGCACAAGGACGAGAUUUUCCAGGUUCAGUGGUCACCGCACAAUGAGACAAUACUCGCCAGCAGUGGCACUGAUCGUCGUCUCCACGUCUGGGAUCUCAGUAAGAUCGGCGAGGAGCAGUCCAGCGAGGAUGCUGAAGAUGGACCACCGGAACUUUUGUUCAUUCAUGGUGGACACACAGCCAAGAUCAGUGACUUCUCAUGGAAUCCCAACGAGCCAUGGGUCAUAUGCUCAGUCUCUGAAGAUAAUAUAAUGCAGGUGUGGCAGAUGGCUGAGAAUAUCUACAACGAUGAGGAGCCUGAUACACCAGCCAGUGAGCUUGAGGCUGGUGCUUCAUAAAUUCAUUAAUAUUGACGUUAUUAUUUCACUUGGGGUUUCAAAAAAUUAUUGGAGAAAGCGUAAUUUAAAUUCAUGAAGGCGAGGCAAAAGGACAUUUUGCCAAUGAUUAUCAUUCGAUCAAUUUAAAAUCGCUGCAGUGAAUUUAAUGUUUGAUACAUUUUUAAACUUUAGAAGAAGCAGAAAAAUAGCAGAUGGUUUUUCCGCAAGUAUGUGUGUCAAAUGCAUCCAUACGCUGGAUAAUUUAAGAUUAAGCAACUAUUUAAGAAAACUCUGGGAUUAAUUAUUGUACUAAUUCAAGUGUAUGAAAACCCCACAAUAUUUUACCUGUUUUUCGUUUUCACCUCGUUUUAUUUUUCUUCGUUUUGCAGCCGAAACAAAUGUAAUCCGAGUAUUUUUUCUACUUAGUUAAUAAGUCUCUCUGUAAUAAGAUAUGUAACUGACGGAAUCGGAUAUUCCAAUUACAAUAAGGUUCACCUUCCACACAUUUCAAUAUGAAAUAAAGAACAUGAAGAAUUAUA